AUGAAUAACAUUUUGCGAGACUCUGAAGGAUGGAGUCAAGGUGCAAGGGAAUCAGUAGCGAGCACGUCACGACAUUCUAUUUCUCCUCGUUCAGCUUCAAUUCGCGUUCGAAUUCGUCCUCAUGCACCUUUGCCCCAACAGCCUCUACUAAUUCCAUGCGUCGAACAAACAACUCUGAUAGCAUUCAAAGAACGUAUAACGACACUACUGAACGCCAAAUCCGAUUCAUCCAUUGAUUCAGCAAAGAUUCGCCUAGAGAUUGAUGGAUAUGUAAUUGCAGAUGAUUGUGUGGUUGGGGAUGUAGUUCGGGAAACAGAUGUUGUAGAAGUGCAUUUGGAGGAUGGGCAUAGUACAAAAAGGCCUGUGCAGGCUACAAAGGCUAAAGUGCAUGCCAGAUCUGAGUCUAGCGAAAGCUCUACCUCGUCUUCGUCUGCUUCUUCUUCCAGUGAGGAUAGCUCUAGCGAAAGUAGUGAGAGUGACAGCAGCAGCAACAGCAACAGCGACGAACAUCAAAAUGAAGGCACCGCAACACGCACCAACGGUUCCGCCAACGGCUGGGUUCCGCCAGGCCAGGGAUCGAUACGAACUCAGCGUAACAAUGAUAAAAGACGAAAAAGGGCUCGUGCUGAAUUAAAUGCUGAGCGUGAGAAACGAUUGAUCGAAACGAUUAAAAGAGUGGAAAAGCAAGCAUUGGCUGAGGGCGGUUCAGUAGAUAAGGAAACGGAAGAGGAGAGCUUUGCUUUUGAUAAAGAAGGUUAUCGUGCAAUUUUAUCGGAAUUUCAGAAUGCAAUUCAUUCUGCUUCCAACUUUGACAGUACAGUGACAUUACCGCCAGGAGGUGGUCUGCUUGGCCUACCAACAGCAGAUCUUUCGACGAGCAGUACGAUGGAACAAUCAUCGCCAACAGACAAAAUGCGAAAGGCAAGACAGCAUCGGCGAAUCCUCCCGCCAUCUCAGAGGGACGAACCUGUGCCUGCCUGCAUUCGACUGACUAGGGUGGACUGUGAUGAGUGUGCAACUCCAUGGCCUGUUGAGGAAUCGGCAGCCCCUAUGGAUGUUGAAGAGAGCGAUAGUCCUGACGGCGGGGAUAUUGCGAUAGCUAAUGCUGAUGCAUUAUACCUCGCAUUUAGAGCUCAAGGUAAAGAAGCACUGAACAAAAUGCGUGCUGAUGAGGAAAAGAAACAAAAGGAAUCCGCCUCUUCAAAGGCAGCCGAAGAGGGGGCGAUCUGGCAACCAGCAACAAUGGGCUUGCCUGCAACAUUUGGAAAGCCAGACGGAUGGAAUGGAAACGAUAUUCUUACUUCAAAAAGUCUUGCUGCUGCUGCUGCUAAAGCGCCUUUGAAAGAACAACAAGAGUCCUCUCCUACGCUAGAUUAUGGCAUUCCAGAACAAGAAAAGACGGAAUCUGCCACAGAAACUCUUGAUCGUUUGCGCAAGCUUCGCGAUCAAGCAAAAUUACAAACAACUUCAUCCACUAUAGACCUACAAGCGAUUCGCCAAGCUGCCUUACGAUCGAUCAGAAAAAAAUUACCCAGCUAG